CAACUUUGAAAAAGAUAUCAUAGUUUGUCGAUACACUAGUGCAGAGAACAUUAUUUUGAUAUUAUGGUCAUUCAGUGUGAUUCUUAAUAGGAGAUAAACUAAGUAAUACUAGGUGGAUAGUGUUUUAAAGAUAAUGCCCAGAGCAAAAAUGGGGAAUUUAUUAAGUUGCUUUUCUUCUAAAAAGGAAGAUUCAAAAGGUCAGAAAGUCCAGAAGAAACCAAGACAAUAUGAUGAAGUUGAUAUAGUAAAUGAACCUGAAAAGAGACAGGAAGAAAAGAAAUCAACCAAAGAGGAACCAGCAUUAAAUUAUGUAGAAGUAGAUAUCAAGCCUUCUGAUGGUGCUACAACGAAAAUUGUUGGAAGUGAGCAAACAAAGACACAAUACUCUACUAUAGAUAUUGAAGCUACAGAGAAGCGGAAACUUUCCACACAAAAUACAGAAGAAACAUAAACCUAGAUGUGUUCUUAGUGUAUAUGUAUAUAUAUUUCUGUACUCUAUAUAUUUUAAACCUGCUUGCAGAUUAUUACUGGACAUCGUUUGAUCUACAGUAUGUAUUUAUCGAAAGAAAUCUUUCUACUACCGGUAUUUUAUAUACAUUUGAAAAAUUCAGAUUGUUAGCUAUACAAUCUCCUAUUGUUUAAUAUUGGUCACAAAGAGUCACAAACAUCUAAUUGUUAUUGACCUAGAUCAGACCACGAUGUUAGUUUUUCUGUAGAACUUCUGCGCUCCCCAAAAUCUUCCAUUAUAGUAUAACGUCAAAUUAUGCUAUUGUCUCUUAAAUGAAGCCUGAAAUUGGAAACCCAGAAAACACAAUUUACUAUUAAAGGGAUUGUAAAAAUAUUUUCUAAAUUUUCAAUCAUACUUCUGUGGUUCCUGCAAUUAAUGGAAUCACUAAUCGCGAAAUAUGUUUGUAUCACAAAAAGCUUUCGUGAUGAGGGACGUCAUCAAAAACUUAUUUUUAGUUGAAUUGCACGAACCACAGGGGUGUGAAGAUUGGAAUGGUGUAAAUUGAUAACUCAAAAUUGACAAAUACUUGGAUAAGAUUUCAUUCUAGCAUCUUUACUGCAUUCAGCUGUCAGAGUUUUUAAAAUAAUGUUCAAAGGCUGUUUGUCCCCUAGUCGCCUAUUGCAUGAUUUUUUCAGUAAAUCUUACAUUUAUAGUUUAAGCCACGCCCCUUUAUCAAUAAUUUUGAACAAAUUGUAAAACAUGAAGAAAAAAAUGUUAAUCAUUCACUAACCAUCUCACUGAAUUAAUGUACAUUUUUCGUUAUGUAUUGCAUUUUUAUAAGAUUCUCGUACAAUGUAUAAACGUCUAUGUUAUAGUCAAAUGUUUAAUAUUCAUAAAUAUAUUUCUAAAU